AUGGAGUGGCCAUCACGUUUGCUUCGACACCAAGGGCUCCUAAACCUAGACACGACAUAUAUAUAUAAACGAUGCUCCCACUCAUCGAAAGAUGCCCUUCCUUUAGCCAUCGUGGAGUCUAAGUACGCGGCUAUUGCGAAAAUUGUUUCGGAUAAAGAUGAUUUCUUUACCCAUACACCAAGAAAAACCAUUGCUCAAAUGAAGGAAACAAAACAGGUUGAAAAGUGUAUUCUGAUGUGCACCAUCGCUGGUAUUGAUUCUGAUAUGGGGUGGUUUUAUCUGAGCUGCAAAGUCUGUUCUAAAAAAGUCUCGACCGUUUAUGCGGUCAGUGACGAUGAUGAUCUGAAGCACACAUAUUAUUGUGUAAAGUGUAAGGCUUACAAUCCUGUCACAGUUCCAAGCAACACAAAGCUAAUGGUGUUCGAUAGUCUUGCUGUGCAACUGGUCAACAAGCCAUGCUCGCAGAUUGCUGGUCCGUCAGAAAAAGUCGAGAUUGAGGAAACCAAUGUGUUGCCUCCGGUUCUUAACACCAUCAUUGGCAAAACGUGCUUAUUCAAAAUUCAAAUCGAGAGGGAGAACUUUGUCUACAAACAUGAUACCUACAAGGUUUUGAAGGUGAUCACUAACAAAGAUUUGAUCAAAGAUUUUGAAGAAAGCAACUCUCAAGAUGGAAGCGAAGGUGUAUUUCAUGAUAUGGAUACUCAAUCCGAUGCACCAGAGGCCUCUCUUGCUAAUCAAGGUUCAGCUUCUGAGCAGUCUGAGUCUUUCGAUCUGACUCCUGCUAAACGUGUUAGGGCAGUCGAUAUUGAAUUGGAAGAAAUCAAUGACCAGAAUUCUGUUACGAGGAGUACCGGUUCCAUGAUGAUUAAGAAGGAGAAGUUUGCUAAAAGUGGCUGA